CUGAAGACCAAGCGGAACGUGAACAUGCAUAUUUUCGUCUCUCUGUGCGGUAUUUUCUGGCUUCUAGCCGUGGCUACUUCCUCGGUCACACAAGAUGGCAGUAAGGGCUGCUUGUCAGCUAGCUACUGCGAGUCGGAUGAAUGCUGUCUCAGUCAAUUCCAACUGAAAGGAAAACGUCAGCUUAUUCUCCCAUCCAUGUGGGGCACCUGUACAAAGAUGGGCGUGGAAAAUUCACCCUGUUUUGUCAGCGGAUCUAAGGAGAGAGGUCAUUACCACGUGAUGAGAUGUCCUUGUGGAACAGGAUACGCUUGCAAAGGGACAGGUGUCUUUGAAGUACCUAUGGGAGAAACAGGUGUUUGUGAGAAGGUGUGAGGUCCUGGAACACAAAUCACAAGACCUGGGACGCCAUAUUAUCGAUUUCGAAUUUAUCUGUGGUGUAUUAAUGGAUAAAAAGUUUAAUUUUUCCUAUUAAAAGCACGGACUACA